AUGAUCUCGUCAAAUACCCGCGCAACACGAUCCCGUUAUUCAAGUCCCGCGCAAUCUCAAAAUACUAAAUGGAACGGACUACUCGACGCGUCUAAGGGGGCGACCGAGGGUUCAAGGGCAUUUAUGCAGCGCUGGCUAGAGCCCACCGUGCAGAGCAAGGCGAGCUUCGAGGAUGAUGGCCUGGUGCGAUAUGGAGUCGUCGAGAACAUGGCUCCCCUGGGGAGCCUGCCCAAACCCAAGAAGACGGGCUCUGAGACGACUUCGGGCGUCAAGAGGAUUAUAUUGAGGCCGUCAGGGGCAAGUGCUGCCAGAAAUGCGGCGCAGGUCGCCUCGAGCGAUCCAGUGAUGGAAGUCGAUGUGGGCGUGGGCGUGGGCGUGGAUGCGGAGGCGGAGGCCGAGGUGGAGGCGCAUAUUGAGAUUACGGCGAGAGCGGCAGAUUCUUCCCCUCCACUUAUGGCUCUACCCCCUACACCGCCACGGAGGGUAUCUAUUGUUCUCAAAGACGCCGCAGCAGCUGCCGACGACGAGAACGACGAAGAUUACGAUCCAAGCAGACCGAAGCGACGUCAAUCAGGUCGUGCAUCUCUGGGAAGGCGGGCGCGACGCUCCUCAGCCGGUCGCAGGAGCUCCAUCGUGACUAAGCCCACAACAAAGGAAGCAAAGGAGGUGAAUGAGCGCAAAGAACCAGAGACGGAGACCAAGGCAGACACGACGACACCGGAAUUAGUUUCUAAAGAGGUUGAAGCACCUGAAGAGGCCGCCGAGGAGGAGGAGGACGAGGAGGAGGAGGAGGAGGUUGAAGAGACAGUGCCCGCAGAGGCAACGAUUCACGCAGCUGAGCCUGUGGAACCCGAGGACAAAGAAUUCACAGAUAAGGUUGUCGAGGCUGCAGUGGAAGAGGCUCUUAAACAUUACCGAUAUCCGACUGCCUGGGCGCUGCGGACUCUCUACGACGAGAAAUCUGGCGAUCCGGGAUUCAUUGCCAUGCUCGAGGACGUUUUCAACCAAACAGCGGAUGAGGCUACGAUGCGAAAGUUUUCCAAACAGAUGGAGAAGAAAAAACGAGAGGGCAAAAAGGACAACCAAGGCUGCUACUACUUUAUCCCCCCCACGACCAACAGCCGAUUCACUCCCCACAAGCCCAAGGCAGCACCGUACGGCAAACUCCUGCUUCACAACCAGGUAGAGGAGGUUGUUGAGGUGGCAGACUUGGAGACGGAGGAGGAUUCAGACGAGCACUUUGCUGAUGAAGAGGAAGAGGCGGAAGAGGAAGAGGAAGAGCAAGAGGAAGCAAGAGAAGAAGAAAACAACCAUCAAACUCCAGAACGAGCUGCCAAGAGGGCAAAGACUUCGCAUUCUCGUACUCACUCUUCUUCCCAUCCUUCUUUGGCACCAACUCAGACUCUUGUUCAGGUUCAGGUUCAGGCUCAGGCUCACUCUCACUCUCACUCAACCCGCAACUCACCACGGAAAAUGGCCUUGGAUAAUCCACCACAAACGCCUUCUCGCAAGAGAAACAGGCGAGAUUCUGCAUCCAGCGACUCUUCCCUCUCAUCAGCCCUCAGCCUGUCGUCGCCUGAGGCCAUCAUGGGCAGCCCCAGCCCAGUCCGUCGAGGGGGCACCGGUCGCGCUGGGCCACCUGGACCACCUGGACCCGACUCCAGUGAGACGCCAAAACCUCGGCCAAUCAAUGGCCGCCGCAAAUCAGUUGCCUCCAAGGCCAGUGCCAGUGGUGCUGGUACCAAGGCCAAUAAGUCUGCUACUACCAAGAUUAAGACCAAGACCAAGCCUAAGACCAAGUCUACGUCUACGUCUACGUCCACUAAGCAGCAACCAUCAUCUCCAGAUCACACCAAUUCCAUCACCUCAGACCUCAACAUUAUCACCAACAGCCGUAGCCAUAAUCAAAUUAACCCUGAUGCACCCGCAAGUGCGACCAUCAGUGUGAGUGCCGACGCCACUAUGCCAGGAAGGGUUUCUGCUGCCCAAAUCUUUCCCAACCUGCCUACAAAGUCAAAGACAGCAAAGAACAAGGCAUCGUCUGUCCCAGCCGAUGACGCUGCCACUGUGCCUGAUACCGACGACUCCUUCUGGGAUCGAAGACGCGAUGCGCAAAAGUUUGCCAACAGUGUCGCCGCCCAUGAAAGUUCUGUUCGAGGAGGAGACGAGCACGAGGACCCCUUCACAACUCCUGCAAAGUCAACGAGGAAGACGCGUCAAUCCAUUGCCGCCUCUGCGACGACGACGAGGUCUACGCGGUCGGCAAGCAAGAGACCUCACGAUGAGGUCGACUCUGCCGUGUCUCCUGUUGCGUGGUCUUUCCAGCGUGAGGACAGCUCAGUCGGCGGAUCACGGGCUGCGACACCCACGCUACGCCCCCCAAAGAAGCCGAGAACUGGCCUUCGUGUCAAAUCAUCGCCUGUGAAGAAGAGAGGAGGAACUGCUGCUGGAGUGCCUCGACCUCUGGGAGAAACCCCUUCAACUAAUGGCGUGGCCAAAGACCAGGCGUCGGAUAAUGAUGAAGAUUGUUCUGCUUGCGGUGCUGCUGGCGAUGUCGUUUGUUGCGAUGGAUGUCCCAGGUCAUUCCACUUCGAAUGCGUGGGCAUGAUACCCUCAGACCAUCUUCCCGAUGAGUGGUUCUGCAAUGAGUGCUUGUAUAAGAAAUACCCAUCCCGAAUGCCGCCUUUCAAGGGUAUCUUUGCUGUUCCUCUUACCAACCUGGAGAAGAGCAUUCCUCGUGCCUUCAGCCUCCCAAAGAAAUUGCAGACCCGCUUUGAGGGCGUCAAGGCUGGUGCCGACGGCGAGUACGAAGAGGUUACUACUCUCAAGUCGACAAAGAGAAAGAAUGGCUAUGAAGAGGUACCAGACUUCUUCAAGCAACGUGAUGAGGGACAGGCAGUAAUCUGCCAUGGGUGUCAAAAACCCGCCACAGAUGUGCGAGCCAUCAUUCCUUGCAGCAUUUGUCCGUUCUACUGGCAUAUUGACUGCUUGGAUCCUCCUCUCGCCGUUCCACCUGUCCUGAAAAACUGGCGAUGUCCUCUGCAUCCUGACGAGAUAAUGGCAGAGGUCCGUCCACUGGCACCUGCUCACCGUUUCCGCAAGAUCAAAGGAGCGCCAAUUAUAGUUCCGUCUCUUCCUCGUAGUAUCAAGAACAACGGGCAUAUUGAGGUAGACUGGAGUGAUGAGCCUGAGCCCGAGCCUGUAAACAAAUCUGGCUGGCCAGAUCCUGAUUCGUUUGGCCGAGCUUACAAGCUUCCAGCCAAGGGCAUUGUGCUUGAUUUCAUUGAGCAGCUACGCCGCCAACGAGCUGGUUAUGGCCCCCGUCAUGACGAGUCCAGAUGGGUGUCGUAUGUUCCAACUACUGCAAAGGACCCAAGCCGUCCUAUCGCAGGCUCCGAGUUGCAGCGAACAGUAGAUGAAAUGCAGUUGGCUUUGACUCUGACCAGCCUCAAGGAGCGCAAGUCUGAUGGCGUUGACCACUUGGUCUCGGCUCUCCUGAAUGCCGCUGAUCCCAGCGUUUUAUCGCUCAUGGCAAAGACAGACGCCGCCAACGUUGCGACUGGUCAUUUGACAGAUAACGAUAAACACAGUCUGCGCGCUCUUCUUACUCAGAUGGAUGCCAUGGGCGCACGUAUAAGACACCUUCUUGGUGAGCCUACCAGUGCUACCGCUAUCGCUACCAUGCUUGACCAGGAUGCCAUACCCAGCAUCCUUUCCCCCCAAGACUCGGCCAUUGCCGAACCGCUCGACAAGGUUACGGCGCCUCCUGUCACAGAGCCUACGCCUCCCUCCACCAUUGAUCACGCCGAGGGUUCCAUGGACCUCGACUGA